CGAAUUAUCAUUCGUUGAAUGUCAAGAAGGAUAGAAUGUUUGUAUCGUGUGUGUCCUCUAAAAGGAAAGCAUACUACGUCUCACACCAAAGAAACAACUUUCCAGUAUCUUUUGAACCUAGAACCUAACGUUUAAUUCAUAUCUAAAGAAGUUAGGAGUGUUAGGAGCACACGGCGGGAAAGCAAUAAAACAUACGUGUCGUGUUUGUUACAGUUUACAGCAAGGUCGCAUGCGUUACGUUCUAUAAGUGUUGAUUGACGAUCGUAAUUUGCAGCAUCGUUACUAGGAUCGUUUAUAUGCGCGUUGAUCAAAGCCGAGUUAGGCGAGUGGCUCGGAGAAUCAAGCCUAUAUAAACAAAUAAUGGAAAAAAUCGAAAGCAGGCCAGGGAAAUGUUAUUACGUAUAUAAAAAUUUUAAGUAUUACGUUGACAAGAGAAAUGAAACUAUAUAUCGCUGUGCGAACAAAACAAGAGGCAAGGUCCCUGGUUGUCCUGGCGUAUUGAUCAAAACAGACAAUUCCAUUUAUAUUAAAACUGCGCAUACACACAAAAAAAAUUACUACGAAGAAAGUAGUGAAGAGGAAAAAGAACAAAAGGAUCUAGAAUCAGAAUUACAUAAUGAAGUUGAACAAGCUGAAGAAAUAAAAUCAACAUCCCAAGGAACUACAAAAGAUACAAAUAAACAGAAAAUACAAGAACUUGAAGAAAUAAUUAAAAAGCAUGAAGAAGAAAUAAAGGAACUUCAUGAUGAUAAAGAGAUUAUGAAUAAGAAAUUGAAUUCUGCAAUAAAUAAAAUAGCUACACUGGAAACACAGUUGAAAAAAGUAAAAAAAAACUCAAAAGGUAUUCAACCAGGUAUCGUUACAUGAUAUAAGAAAUACGCAAGAUGAAUGUAAUGAAUAUACCUGCAUAGAGAAUAAUACAUUUUGCGAUGGAUCCGUCAUUCUAGCAGUUAGUUCAACCAGUCAGCCGUGCAAUAUUGUUAAGGAAAACUAUAAUACGGCAUAUAAAAAUAUUAGCUAUCAUCUAAUGGAUGAUUCUAUAAAAGACAAAGAUUUAUCAAAAGUUUUUACAGAAAGCUUACUAAUGGAAAAGUUUAUUAAUGGAAAGUCAGUAAAUAACCGAUUCUUGUGCACAAUCACAAGAUUUAGAGCUCAGUCAGAUUAGGUUUAACAGAGAGCUAAAGAAUAUAAGUGCAUUUCUAGAAGACGAAAUCGUUCCUAAUUGGCCAGAGUCUCCCGACAUAUUGACAUCAUUUUGUGGAAAAAGAAAAA